AUGGCUACACUUAAUAAUUCUUCAAUGAAACAAACAAAUCGAAUUAAAACACGUAUGAAUUCAAUUCGACAAAUGUCGAAUUCAAAAUGGAAACAAUUUUCACAUAUUUAUUCAAAAUUUUUAAUACGUUUUUCAUGGUCAAUAUUUUCUAUUAGUUUAUUGAUUACUGUUGGACUUUUAGUAUGUUUUUUUUUACUUAUGGAAAUACGUGCAUUUGAUCAAAAUGAUUUUAUUAUGCAAAAUGGUUUAACAAUGAAAAAUGCUAUUCGUUUAAGAAAAAUUUUUGGAAAUGAUACUGAAUUACGUAUACAUCAACAAUUAAAUCUUUAUCCAGCUUUAGAUAUUAUUAUAAAAAGAAAAUUAGGUGAUAAUGCAACAAGUGAUAAUGCAACAAGUGAUAAUUUAACAAAUAUGCUCAAUAAAACAAUUAUAGAAGAGAUGCUCAACUUGGAUAAACAAAUUCAAUCUAUUCAAGUAAAUGAUAAAAAUAAAUCUGUGAAAUAUAAUUAUUCAUCAUUAUGUACAAAAAUAAAUCAUGCUUGUAUUAUUGAUGGAAAUUAUAUUUUAAGUGAUAAAUUUCGUCGAGAUAUGUCUAAUUUAAUUCCUCCUAAAAAUGGAUAUUAUGUUGAUGCAUUAGGUGCUAAUGGUAUACCAGAAUUUAUGUUUGGUAAAAAUUAUUAUUUAACAGAUGCUUUACCAAUUGUUCCUGAUUAUCAAGAAGACGAAGAAGAAGAAGAAGAAAAACAAGAACAAGAUCAUGGUUCAAACAAAAUAAUAUCUUAUAUACCACUUUUUCGUCUUCGAUAUUCAUUAAAUACAUCAUCAUUAGAAAUGCGUCAAUUAGCAAUUGAUUGGGAACGUGAAGUAUUUCGAUAUAUUAAAGAAGAAUUUAAAUCAGAAUUAAUUGAAUUAUCUCCAUUAACAUCAACAGCUAUAUCUGAUGUUAUUACAAAAACAGCACAUGACGAAGGAUUAUAUAUGAUGAUAAUGUUUUUAAUAUUCUUUAUUCUUCUUGGUAUUUUUAUAAGUAUUCAAGGCAAUUUUCACACAUCUGUUGGUUAUUUACCACUUUGUGGAAUACUUAGUAUUGGUCUUUCAACUGGUGCUACAUUUGGUUUAAUAUCUAUUUUUCAUAUUAGAAUUAUUGAACCAAUGGCACUUCUAGUUUUUAUUGUUACUAUUAUUGAAUGUAUGCGUUUUUCAAUUGUAUGUGGUGAAUAUCAUCGAAUAAUUACAGAACAUUUAAUUGCAGUAACCGAUACAUCAUCUGAAAUAAAUAUUGAAAAAAUUCUUCCAUCAAUUAUUGAAUCAACUCAUCCAUAUUUUAUAGUAUCAACAUUAAUUAUAUCUAUUGUUUAUUCCUUAUUUUCAAUAUGUUCACCAUUGUCAUCAACAAUGCCAAUUUGUUUAACAUUAGUAUUAUAUAUAUUUCUUAAUUAUAUUGUACAUUCAACAUUUUUUUCAUCAUGUCUUGUUAUAACAAUAAAACGUGUAUCAUCACGUCGUCAUGGUUUAUUUUGUUAUCGUUUAUCAAAAGAUUAUUAUACAAAAACAAAUAGAGAAUUUAAUAAAUUAAAAUUAUUAAAAACUAAAAUUCGUUCAUUAUUAAAUAUUGAUUCAAUUUGGAAGAAACUUUUUACUUCAAUUUUAUCUUUAUUAUUCAUUGUAUUUAUAACAUUAAGUAUGUGGUUUGGACUAUCAAUUGAUACAUGUUUAUAUGAUAAUAAAUUUCUUCCACAUAAUGCUUAUUCAUUACGAUCACAUAUGCAAUCACAAGCAGAUGAUUUUGAUAUGGGUCCUAUGAUUAUGUUUACAAUACCGGAAGAAACUAAUUAUGAAAAUGAACAAGUUCAAUUAGCAAUGCGUUUUUUACUUAAACAAUGUGUCAAUGAAACAAGAACAAAUACAUUUAAAUUAUUAUGGUUAGACCAUGAAAAUAUUAAUUCUAUAAUAACGGGACAUGAUCCAUUAGAAUUUCGUAUAACACCAUUUUCACGUAAUGAUUUAAUUGUAUCCGAAGGACAGGAUUAUUCAAAAAUCGUAGCAUCAAGAUUUUAUUGUCAAUAUAAAUCUGUUAAAGGUGAUCGUGAAGAUAUUCGAACAAUGAAUCAAAUGUACACUUAUGCAAAUCAAAAUCCAAUACGAUCUAUAUUUCCUUAUAGUUUAGUUUUUCCAAAUUAUGAAUCAUUAGGUCAAUUACGUAUUGAAAUGUGUUUAUUAAUAUUUGCAUUAAUAAUAUGUAGUUUUAUUACUACAUUUAUAUUAUUUAUUUCAUUAAAAAAUAGUCUUUUAAUUAUUUCUCAUUUACUUGCUCUAUUAGCAGGUAGUUUAACUUGUUUAUAUUUAUUUCAUAAUUUAACAUUUAAUUUUGUUAAUGCAUCUUGGUUAUAUGUUGUACCAAUUUUAUUUAUUGAUACAUUAAUUCAUGUAUGUUAUAAUCAACAAAAUAGCAAAUGGAAAUAUAAUCGUGUAAUUAUUUCAUUAAUAAUUUCUACACUUAUUUUAUAUUUAUUUCCUAUUCAAACAUAUAUAUUUAAAAUAAUAAUUAGUUCAAUUAUUUAUCAAUCAAUCAUAUGUUUUAUAUUGAUUAAUUUAAUACUUCCAUCAUGGUUUUAUUUAUUUCAAUCAAAUAAUGAUAAUAAUAAUAAUAAGGAUAAUAAUAUUAAUAAUGAUCAAAUUGAUACUGUCACGAAUCCUGCAAUGACAAUUAUUGUUGGAAGUCAAUCAUUACCAAAUGGAGUCGAAAUGAACAAUCCCGUUAAUGAAUCAAAUGGAAACAUAAAUCAUCCGAUUUAA